UGUGAAAUAUUUAAGCCAGUAAAGUAGCUUUAAGUUCAAUUGACUACAUACAGUAUAUUUUCAGUGUCUGCAUCCCAUUUUAUGCAUGGUGCCUCUAAAAAACCAAACUGAUAACAGUGAUCUUUUUUUUUUAUUUCAAAGAACAAAACAGAAAAUAUAAUUGUAUACAAAUAUAGAUUAAGACUAUAGUAUAGAGCAGGGCUGUCCAAAUUCGGUCCUGGAGGGCCGGUGUCCUGCAGAGUUUAGCUCCAACCCUAAUUAAACACACCUGAAGCAGCUAAUCAAGCAGCUAAUCACAGAUAGUUGAGAGGAGACAGAGGCUGUGUUCGAAACGGCAUACUUGCUUACUGCUUACUGCCCAGUACACAGUGCAUACUACCUACUAUUUUUUAAAGAAUAGUGUGUGAAACAGUAUACAAUAAGCAACGAAUGUUUCAGAGUAGUAUGCUUAAUUGUCACAUGACAAACACAAACAAACAACACAAACAAGCACAGCUGUCAAGGUUGUUACCUUACAAACAAAUGUGAUAACUAUUCUUUAUACAAAGGCUUGUUAAGAAGGCUUCAUAUUAGUAAAAAAUGCUAUAUUGCCCAAUUGAACUCAUUUCAUAAUUGAAGAACUUUACAUAGGCUAUUGGACUGAACUGAAUGAGCUGUCUUUAACUGACCUCUCUUUAAUGAUAUUUUUGGCAGUUACACUAAUUGGAAAAAGUGAUAUAUUCUAGUUACACCAAGCGCAAAUAAUGAUAAAUUCUGUUUACACUAAAAUAGCAGCAUUUUCUUUAGAAACAGGUGUGUAAAUAGUAGUUAGGUGGCAGAUAUUUAUACUUCAGUACUGUAGUACAUUAUAAAACAGUAUGCAAUAACAUUUUGAGUGUAAAUAAUCAUAAAUUUGAUUUGAUGAAAGCCGCUUUAUUGGGACAAAAACCUACCUUCAGCUAAGCACACUGUAUUAUUAAUGAGGUGUUUAAUUUCCACUUUCAAAUAUUUACUUAAUUUUAUAUUGAAAAUAAAUGCCUUUCUGAUCUGGUAUGUGAUGGGAAAAUGAGUUGCACGAGUUCAAAGCACAAAUCUCGCGUCUUUUACUCACUGCGCCACUGAUACUAUAGUAAUACACGUGUCUUCUGCAGUGCUGUUUAUCGCAGCCAGGCAUUGGUGGGCGGAGCUAAUUACAGCCUCUGCUAACAAAUAGGUCUAUUUGUCCUUAGAGUAAGUACACUCGUUUCUUUUGCUUGACAGCGGAAUUUAAUUCUGUUUGCUUAAUUGAAAUAUUAAUUUUAUAUAUUUUAUUUAUAUAUUAUAUUACUGCAAUAUUAACAUUAUAUCGGCGCGCCGAAUGAAACGCUGGGCACGCCGUAAGAUGGCACAGCAGAAUCACCAGGGAGCCGAACAGAGCAGCUGCUGCGGGAGGAGUGAAAGGUCCAUGGGGACUGGCCCGGCGGAAAGCUCUCACUGUAACCCUCAGAUCGCCCGGAGCACUAGCCGAUGGUUCUCUGCUCGUGACAGAGAAGCCAGCGCGGGUAGUGACAGAGGGAGCCCCUCCCAUCCCCGUGAGGAGAGAGAGGCGCGAUCACAGCGCUGCCAUGGUUACACGCUCAAAAUGAACGUAUAAACCAUCCACGAAAGCAGCUUCAGCGUGCUGGAUGCCCAGACAGGCUGGAUGCUCUUUUAGGAAAUCUGCUCUUUUAGUUGAAGUGCCCAGGGGAAUCGCUGCAGACAGGGACACCGCUGUUCGCAUUGUGACGCCAACCAGAACAGCUUCCAGACAGAUGAUGAAUGGCUUUGUGGAGAUCAACAUGUUCAUCCACUCAGCUCUGAAGCAAAAAUCUGAUGAGUGGAUGCACCUGUAGCCUAUUUAUACCCGUAUGCAAGGGAAGUGGCUCAGUGAGUGAUCUGAGGAUUGUGCUGAUAGGAAAGAAUGGACCAGAAAACAGCCGAGUUGGAAACACUAUACUGGGAACAGAAGCAUUUAACGUAGAAUCUGCAUCUUAUUCACAGCAGCACAGUGUGAGGAUCAGUGGAGAGGUGGAGGAGAGAAAGAUCACAGUCAUCAACAGUAUCCUGCUCCAGCCAGAUCUCUCACAGCAUCAGAUAAUAGAGGCAGUGGCAGGGUGUGUGUCUCUGUCUGCUCCAGGACCUCAUGUGAUGAUAGUCAUACUGCAGUAUAAUGACUUUGGAGAGAACGACAGACAGAGAGUGAAUUCUGUGCUGAACCUCUUCAGUUACCAGGCCAUGAAACACACUAUAGUGCUGACUACUGAUGAAGAAACACCUGGAUUUAUGUCCCUGCCUUAUAUGACCACAAAUAAUGCUAUUCAUGAUUUAAUAAAGGAGUGUGGAGGAGGAUGCCUUCAAUUUGACAUAGUAAACCCAGGAUGGUGCUCUGAAUUAUUCAGAAAGACAGAGAAGAUACUUAAGGAAGAAUGUGAAGAAUUUCUCAUCUGUAACAUGUAUGAGGACGAAGGUGAUGGAACAUCAGUGAUUGAAGAUCUGAGCAGAUCUGGAAGUUCAGUCAGAGAAAAAGACAAAGAGGAGGACUCUGAUCUCAAAAAGAGCACAAAAACAGGACAUGAUGGAAGAGAUCCAGAGAGUGUGAAGCUGAGUCUGGUUGUGUGUGGGAGUAACAGAGGAUUAAAAUCCUUCAUCUCAAACCUGAUCCUGAAGCAGAGCGAGAGAAGAUCAGAGCUCAGCUCAGAGUGUGUGAGGAGAGACGUGGAGCUUGAUGGACGUCUGAUCAGUCUGCUGGAGCUUCCAGCUCUGUUCAACACUCAGCUCUCAGAGGAGGAAGUGAUGCGUCAGACUCACCGCUGUGUGUCUCUCUGUCAUCCUGGAGUUCAUGUUUUCAUCUUCAUCAUUCCUGAUGCUCCACUUAAUAAUGAAGACAGAGCAGAAAUAGAGGAGAUCCAGAGGAUAUUCAGCUCAAGAAUCAACAAACACAUCAUGAUCCUCAUAAAGCAGAAUCCAGAGCAUCAGACAGCAGAACUAAAUGAAGAAACACAGUCUGUCAUUCAGAGUUUAGGAGGACGACAUCAGUUCAUUGACCUGAACACACAAGUGUCUGUGUUGAUGGAGAAACUGGAGCAGAUGGUUGAGAAAAAUAGUGGUGUUUGUUUCUCCACAGAGACAUUGAUGGAGGCACAGAUGGAGAAACUGAAGGAAUUAGAAGAAAUGAAGAGGAAAAUCCAUUCAUUAGAGACAUGGUUUCAGUCACAAGAUUCAAGAGACAUAAAAGAUGAACUGAGGAUUGUGCUGCUGGGAAAAACUGGAGCUGGGAAGAGUUCAACUGGAAACACCAUUUUGGGAGGAGAAGUGUUUAUAUCAGACAUUUCUCAAACAUCCGUAACUAAAGUGUGUCAGAGAGAAACAGCUGAAAUCAACGGCAGACACAUUACUGUGAUCGACACUCCAGGACUGUUUGAUACUGAUCUGACUAAUGAGGAGAUCCAGAGAGAAAUUACUAACUGCAUCUCCAUGAUCCUGCCUGGACCACAUGUGUUCAUUAUUGUGCUCAAUUUAGGACAACGAUUCACUCAAGAAGAGAAAACAUCAGUGAAGAUCAUCCAAGAGACGUUUGGUGAAAACUCUUUAAAGUACACCAUGGUGCUCUUCACCAGAGGAGAUGAUCUGAAGAACAAAACCAUUGAACAGUUUCUGGGAAAACCUGGAUCUGCUCUGAAUCAGCUGAUUGAAUCGUGUGGAAACAGAUAUCAUGUGUUCAAUAAUGAGACUGAAGACCGAACACAGGUGACUGAUCUACUGCAGAAGAUAGACAACAUGGUGAAAGAGAACGGAGAGAGUUACUACUCAUGUAAGAUGUUCAGAGAGAUGGAGAGACACAUACAAGAACAACAAAAGACGAUACUGAUGGAGAAAUUGGAGCAAGUGAUCAGAGAAAGAGAAGAACUGAUGAACAAACAUGAAGAAGAGAAAGAGAAGAUGAAGAUGAUUAUGAAAGAAGAACGACAGAGUCAUGACAAAGAGAGAAAGAGAAGAGAAGAAGAAUUUAGAGAGAGUGAAGAACAAUAUAAAAGAGACAUUAAAGAAAGAGAGGAACAAGAGAGAAAGAUACGAGAGGAGCUGAAGAGAGAACGAGAGGAAUGGGAGAAACAGAAACAACAGGAAAAACAAAGAAGAGAAGAAGAGGAGGAGAAAUGGAGAAAGAAAGAACAGGCGAUGUGGGAUGAAUAUUAUAAGAAACUUAAAGAAGAGAGAGAAAAAAGUCAGAGAGAGAAAGAAGAUCUUCAGUUCAAACAUGAAGAAGAGAAAAAGAUGAUGAAGAUGAUGAUGGAGGAAGAAAGACAGAAGUGUGACAGAGAGAGAAGGAGAAGAGAAGACGAAUUUAGAGAAAGAGAAGAACAAUAUAAAACAGAGAAAAAGAGAGAAGAAGAGGAGAUGAAGAGAGAUCAAGAGGAUUGGGAGAGACGGUUAAAAAUAGCAAGACAAAGCAGAGAUGAAGAGGAGGAGAGAAAUAGAAAGAAAGAACAGGAAAUAUGGAAUAAUUAUUAUAGGACCCUCGCACAAGAGGGUGAAAGAAGUUGUAGAGAGAGAGAAGCGUUUAGAGAAAGAGAAGAACAAUAUAAAAGAGUCAUUAAAAACAUAGAGGAAAAAGAGAGAGAGUUGCGAGAGAAGAUAAAGAGAGAACGAGAAGGAAUGUGAGAAACAGAAACAACAGGAAAGUCAAUCCAGUCAACAAUUUGAUCUCACCCUGAUCUCCCAGGAUACUCGUGAUGAGGUCACAAUGUGAGGCCACAGUGAGAUAAAAGUGUAACUUCACAGCGCCCUCAAUGUGAGCUCAUACUAUGGUCACAAUGUAAGGUCAAAGUGUACUCACUGCACAGAGACUAGAUACCCAGCAUGCAUUGCAGCAUGAAGCUUUUGAUUAUCACCAUUGUUGAGAUUCAUACACCGAUUCUUGAUGUCUCUCUGUUUUUAAAUGACACUGUAGUUCAAAAUGUUUGUGACUUAUCGUGCUUUUAAAAUCCUUCAUAAAUUAUUACACUGCUUGAUUCUAUACUGUAUGAUCAAAAAGCUGUUAUAAUUAAAAAAGUUUAGAUUAAUAGCAUCUCACAAACACUACAUACUGAAUUCAAUAUACUGGCACUUGUGGGUUCAGUGCUUUACAUUGCUUUACAUUCUCUCCCCCCACCUACAAUUCCUGCUGGAUCUAAGACUCAAACUCACAACCUUUAGGUUGCAAGUCUGACUCUCUAACCAUUAGGCCACGACUUCCCCAACAAGAAGUGCUCCUAAUCUCAGCUCCUUAUCUGUAUAAAAGACACCUGGGAGCCAGAAAUCUUGCUGAUUGAUCGGGGAUCAAAUACUUAUUUGACUCAUUAAAAUGCAAAUCAAUUUAUAACUUUUUUGAAAUGUGUUUUUUCUGGAUUGUUUUUGUUGUUAUUCUGCCUCUCACUGUUAAAAUAAA